AUGCAGCGAUCCGCAAGUCCCAUCCGCGAACCGUAUCGCAGAGUAACUACUGUCGACACACAUCUUCAAGCUCCUCCACACCUAAGAAAACCUCGCUCGGCUCCUGGAUCAGCCUACCCGACGAGAUCCCGUGAAGAAAGCACAAUAUCUAACCAUCAAAACAUAUGCUGGCGCUCACGAUCUCCAUCUGUACUGGACGCGUCUCGAUCCCCGAUGCCACCUCGUGACAGAUCGUCUCCUGAACCUUUAAAUAAUUACAUGAAAGAUGAGCUUUCCGAAGUCCGGCACAGACAAGCUGUUAGUUGGGUCAGAGAGGAACCAUUGAAACGGCCUUCAUCUCGGCUUGCUCCUUCCCGUCACUCAGACAUCAAUCGUUCGGAAGCCAACACUUCAACAUAUCGAACACCCCCUGAGUACCCCGAUCAGGUAUUGCGGGCGCCUUAUCCACUUCCUUUGUCUACUGUCAGAACGGCUAGACCCUUGCCCUCGCAGCUCACAUCACACUCGCAACGGACUGCAAAUACUGCACCACAAUCGUCAGAGUAUCUAGAUCGUUACCAGCCUAUGAUGGCAAGGCCAGCACAGAAUCCCGAAGUAAGAAGAUUGAGGAGGGUAGCGGCGAGUUUGAGCGACGAAGGUCUUGCAAGGACAAGGUCUGAACAAUCCGAAGGUAACAGUGACUGGGGCACGGUUGGGACUGAGCUGAGACGGUUCUUUACGGGACGAUAG